AUGAACGACGAAUCAAUCAUGGAAGAAUACCAGUAUACCCCCCUGACCGCCCGCACGAUACGCGUGCUGCUCUUACUUCCCACCGCGCCCGAUGAUGACGAUGACGACGCACCACUCGAGGGCACGCUCCUCGAAUACCAGCUCACCAAGCCGGACGACGAAGACGGCGAGUACCCGGAGCUCGACUACGAGUGCGUCUCCUACGUCUGGGGCGACGAGGCCAAGCCGUUCCGGCUGGCCAUCGACGGCAGGCCGCUGCCCAUCACCGCCUCGCUUGACUCGCUGCUCCGGCGCCUGCGCAGGGUCAUCGCACCGCACGCGGUCCGGCUGUGGGCCGACGCCGUGUGCAUCAACCAGGCCGACCCGGUUGAGAAGGCCGAGCAGGUGGCGCUGAUGCGGCAUAUUUAUAGCGCCGCGCAAAGGGUUAUCAUCGAUCUGGGGGAAGAGAGCGAGGAUUUGGACGACGCGAUCAACAUGAUGCAUGCGUGGUGGAGGAAGAAUCUGUGGGAUGGGAUCUUGAUCGGCAACCGCGUAGUCGGACCGGAGGCCGCCGCUAUGCUCAUGGAUGUGCAGUUGCCAAGUCUGCCGGAGCGUUGUCAGUUGAAGGAGACGGAGCUGCCGGACCACGGGGAUGCGGUGGCGAGGUUCUUCGACAGGCCUUGGUUCUCCAGGCUGUGGGUGAUUCAAGAGUUUGUGCUGGCUAGGAGGGUUGUCUUCAUAUGUGGGCGUCGAGAAGUCCCGUGGCGAGACGUUGUGGGCGCGACGCUCCGUACGAUAGCCGAUGGCACAUUGGCCAUCACGUCCGCGUCUGCGUUGAGCGUGGCGCGAAUGUUCAGUUUUGGCAUGAUAGCGUGCCGACGCCAGGCGCGCCUCCUCCGGCGUUCGCCUGUGGGGCGAGCAUGGCUGGCGGCAACCGGCGUGGAGCUCGAGUACGGCCUGUUCCCUCUGCUCGCGCUGCUGCACGACCGCGUGACGACGCGGCGAAGGGACAGGUACUUCGCGUUAAAGGCCAUCGCCUGUGACGUCGCCGAGGACGAACCCGAACUCCAACCGGACUACACCUCACCAACCGCUACCGUGAUCGCCCGGGUUGGAAGGUUUCUAUGGAAGAAAGGAUACGGCGCCGAUUCCUUAGGUCGAGGGGGGCUUGUUCAGCAUUCAGCGGCUCACAUUCCCUCGUGGGUGCUUGACUUCACCGAGGCCGCGAGUUUCAUCCGGGUCUCGACAUGGCUUCCGGGGACGAAUAAGGCUGCCGGUGACACGACAUUCCACGCGACUAUGACCCCGGGCAUCGACCACCUGGUCACCGUUCGCGGCAUGCUCGUCGAUCGAGUGGAUCAGGAGCCGCACGCGGAGCUGCAUGUCCAGGUUAACCGACCGUUGCAGCAGAUCCAGGGCAAGGGUGUAUGGGGGCUUCUUCUUGAGGAGCUCGCGUUGAAUAUGCGGGCAGUAUUCGACGACAUCGCUGCCGUCUCGCCAGUACCGGUCGGGCUCUCUGAUGGAGCUGUGACGUCGGCCCUGAUCUUUGGGAGCGAGCUUCCAGGGGCUUGUAUGACGGAUCAGACGAGAACGAUAGCAUUCCGCCUGCUAUCUUGGUUGGCGGUCCACAGGGACCAAGCUGAUACAUCCGGCGAUUCCCCAAUCCCGGAAGUCUAUCGAAUGCUACAUGACGAAUUCAGGGUGGGUGAGGGCGAGGCCCAGGAGUACAGCAAACAAUUCGGUUACUUUCUGCUUUCGGCGGCGUGGCAUCGUUUGCAACUGGCGCGGACACGGCGUGGCCGUCCUGCGAGCUUGCCAGCGUGCUUCCGGAGGGGCGACGAGGUCUGGAUCAUCCGAGGCCUCCAGGUUCCAGUUCUUCUCCGGAGGAGCACCGAUUAUCCCGGCUGCCACCAGCUUGUGGGCUCGUGCUACGUCCAUGGCGUGAUGAACGGGGAGGCGCUCGAGGAGGGCUGGGAGUUUGAGCAGGUGACCCUGUGUUGA